GGUCCCGCGCGUUGCCUUCUGCUGGAAAACCAGUCUGCUCACACUAUUCGGUAACGCUUGUACUCGUGUUGAAACCAGCCCUUCGCUGAAUCAUGAUGGACGACGAUGGCCCUCUGCACGUUCGGUCUAUUAAAAAACAUGAAGAAAAAGAAGAGAGAGGUUUCAACUUUCGAUUCAAUGCACUUUUUCAGCGUUGAUCCCAUUUCCAAAAAGUCGUCAACCUUGUGUGUAAACUGCAACACCUGACUAUGAACUGCCACACCUUAGACGGGUCGCCAUUAAAACUGCCUCUCUCACCCUGACAAAUUUCCACUUGAGUUCUUGAUUCUCCCUCUCUCCGGAGCGAUGCUUGGGGCAUUUGUCAAUGGUGGAAUGCCCUUCACCGGCAAAAACAGAGCAAGUUUCUUCCUUUUCUCCUUGUUUUUUGUGUCGUUGUCUCUGCUUUCGUAUUCUCAUGCAGCCAAUUCGAUCUCGCGCGGGCAGUCUGUCAGAGACGGCAAGACUCUGAUUUCUUCUUCUGGGAAAUUCGAACUGGGGUUCUUUAGCCCUGCGAAUUCAUCUCUUAGAUAUGUUGGUAUUUGGUACCACAAGAUUAGUGUUAAAACCGUCGUCUGGGUUGCAAACAGGGAGAGCCCAGUUUCUGGUGAAUCUGGAGUUUUCACAGUUUCAAGUGAUGGAAAUUUGAUGGUUUUAGACGGGAAUAAUCGCACAGUUUGGUCAAGUGGCAGUAAUUCCUCCGCUGUGGCCACCAACUUAACAGCUGUUCUGAAGGAUUCUGGAAAUCUUGUUCUUUUGGCCGGAACAGAUGCCGACUCUGCUAGUGCUGAUGGUGAUAUCAGCAAUUCCUAUUGGCAAAGCUUCAAACACCCGACAGACACGUACUUGCCUGGCAUGAGAGUGAGGUGGAACUCUGUGGCUGGAGAGAACCGUGCCUUCAUGUCAUGGAAGUCAUCAAAUGACCCUUCCCCUGGGAACUAUUCUAUGGGCGUCGAUUCCCAGAUUCCACCACAGAUAGUGAUCUGGGGCCAGUCAGGCCGGGAAUGGAGGAGCGGGCAUUGGAAUCGGCCGUUUUUCACCGGCGUGCCAAAUAUGACUAGCGAUAUUCGAUAUGGGUUCAGUCUCACGCCCAUUGAGGCGGAUGGAAGCAUGUAUUUUACGUACACACCGUCGAAUGGAUCCAAACUCUUGAUGUUCCGUAUACUUUGGAAUGGGACGGAGGAGCAAUUAGGCUGGGAUGAGACUAGUAAUGAGUGGACUGUGCUGCAAUCGCAGCCUGCUAAGGAAUGUGACCUCUAUAAUAGGUGUGGAGAUUUUGCAAUAUGUAAUGAAAUGGACUAUCCCAAAUGUAGUUGCAUGAAAGGGUUCAGUCCAAAGUCACCAGAUCAAUGGAACAGCGGUAACUGGUCCGCAGGUUGUGCUCGGAAGACCCAAUUGCAGUGUCGGGACAACAGCAGCUUUACAGCAGGAGAUGGUGGUGGGAUGGAUGGCUUUUUGGAAUUGCAUGGCGUGAAGUUACCGGAUUUUGCAGAGAAUGUUUCAGCCUCAAACAGGGAUGAGUGUGAGGUAAAGUGUCGGGAAAAUUGUUCGUGCAACGCUUAUGCUUUUGGAAGACGAAUCGGGUGCAUGCUGUGGAGCGAGAAUUUGAUAGAUGUACAGCAUUUUGCCCAGUGCGGAAUGACCGUCCAAAUUCGUCUCGCCAAGACUGAAUUAGAAACGAAGAGCAAAAUAUCGAACCUGUUCAAAAUAAUUACUUUCUUGGUUGGAGCGUUAGUUCUCGGUGUACUGGUAUAUUUGUUAUGGAGGUUCAAGGACAAUUUGAAAGGAUUCUCGAUUUUCAAUUGGAAAAACAAGAGACUUCCCCUGUCUGAUGAUCUUGUUAGGAACGACGAGCUAUCCGCUGAAUUAUCCGGACCAGAUGGUCUUGCUAGAGAUGCCAAGCAAGUAGGGGGAACUGACAUACCGGUGUUCAAAUUCAGUUCCAUCGAAGCUGCGACGAACUUCUUUUCUGAAGAAAACAAGCUCGGACUAGGAGGAUUUGGUCCUGUAUACAAGGGAAACCUUUUUGGAGGACAAGAAAUAGCCGUUAAGAGGCUUUCAAGGAAGUCAAGCCAGGGGAUCGAGGAAUUUAAGAAUGAGGUUAUGUUAAUUGCGAAGUUACAACACAGAAAUCUUGUGAGACUAUUUGGGUUCUGCAUUAAGGGGGAAGAUAAGAUGCUUAUUUAUGAGUACAUGCCCAACAGGAGCUUGGAUCGUUUUAUUUUCGAUCCAGUGAAGCGAAUGCAAUUGAAUUGGAAGACACGUUUUGAGAUUAUUGAAGGGAUAGCACGAGGCCUCCUCUAUCUCCAUCGUGACUCUAGACUAAGGAUUAUCCACCGUGACCUGAAAGCCAGUAACAUUUUAUUGGAUGAAGAAAUGAACCCGAAAAUAUCAGACUUUGGCAUGGCGAGAAUUUUUGGUACAAAUGAGAACGAAGCGAGUACCAAUCGAGUGGUUGGCACAUAUGGUUACAUGUCUCCAGAGUACGCGAUGGAAGGUCUAUUUUCAGUCAAAUCCGAUGUCUACAGCUUCGGAAUAUUAUUGCUGGAGAUCAUUACUAGCAAGAAAAACUUUGGCUUUCGCACACUAGAACAUUCUAGUCUCAUCGUCUAUGCUUGGCACCAUUUGAAAGAAGGGAAGGGGAUGGAGCUUAUUGAUCCCUGUAUCAGGGACACGUGCUCUACGGAUGAGGUUUUGCGAUGCAUACAAGUUGGACUGCUGUGCGUGCAGGACUCCGCCCCAAAUAGACCGACCAUGCCUUCCGUUAUGCUGCUAUUAAAAAGCGAAACAGUGGAUCUUCCCUUCCCGAAACUACCCAGGUCAACCUCGAUCACGGGCUCCACGGGUACAUGUUCUUUGUUUGAAAGCCAAGAAAUUGAGUCAUUGAAUGGCGUAACAAUUAGCUCCGUGGUUGGUAGAUAAGGCCAAUGUGAUUCAUUAAAGUUGUCUCUUCCCUUGUGUGGAUGUACUUUUGUUUAAAGGACGCACGUGAAAUAGAAAAAUCAUAACUCGAUUCCUUGGUUUUGAUAUGGAAAGUGUCUUGAUUGCUCUUUAUUCUGUAGUAUCACAUUCAAUUUUACUUAGACAGGCAUUUCAAGUAAAAGUUAUCGCUCUGUGUCCUGGGGUUCAAG